AUGGCUUUUCUUUUACAAGAAAAUGUUUACAAACACGAUAGUGAAAAAACUGUAGAGAUUGAACGCUUUGAAGAAACAAGUGGCGAAGAGGAAGAUGUUCUCGUAGAAAAACAGCAGGAUGAAGAAGAUGCAAAACAAGAUGAAAGUGGAACCCAACAGAAUCAAGCGAUUGAAAACAAAAGGCAUUCCUCAAUGUCAAAGCCGCCUUAUUCCUACAUCGCCCUCAUAACAAUGGCGAUAUUGCAGUCACCACAGAGAAAACUCACUCUCAGUGAGAUUUGUGACUUCAUCAAACGUCGUUUUCCGUAUUACCGUGAGAAGUUUCCAUCUUGGCAGAACUCGAUCAGACAUAACCUCUCGCUCAACGAUUGCUUCAUGAAGAUGCCUCGAGAACCGGGGAAUCCAGGUAAAGGAAAUUAUUGGACACUAGAUCCCGCCAGCGAGGGUAUGUUUGACAACGGCAGUUUUCUGAGACGAAGAAAGAGAUUCAAGCGCCCUCGGCCUCCGGAGGGAACUGUGAGUGCCUUUGGUUUUCCAUACUAUUGGAACUGCAUGGAUUCAUCAGGAUGGAGACCACCACUGUAUACCCAUUUCCCUAUUCCCAGUUAUUUGUCUUGUUUGCCGCCACCUUUGCCCAGACCAAGUGAACCUGUUCGAGAGAGAGAAAGGCCCGUUAAGUUUUCUAUUGCGAGUAUCAUCGGCUCGGACCGUGACGAGGAAUGUUCACCACCGCCCAGCAAAAGAAGUCCUCCUUUGCCGCCAUGUUGCUCUUCCGUGCGCUCGCCCUACAAUAGCACUGCUGUAAGACCGUGUAUUGUUUCCUCGAGUUCUUAUUGUGCGUACUGUAGUCAACUGGCUGCUAAACGGUAGCAGUUAACAGAGGACACUGAGCGGAAAGUAUGUGCUAUGGUAUUUGUACAGAGACGUUUCUUCCAUUGGCGGUGUUACGACCAAAUUUUGAAUAGAAUUCUUCAAAAAAUUAGAAUUAAUUUUUAAAGUAAUUUUAGUCAUAUAAAAAAAUUCUGAUCCCUCACUGAAAUGUAGUAUAUCUGCUGUAUGUGUACGUGUGUAUAUGUGCAUGGUCUUACCUACUAGUCUAGCAGGGGACGUUUACGUGGUUAUGUUAGUCUUUGUGUAACUUAGUUACUCAAAGGGUGAAUUCUAAGCACUUAUGUAUAUGCUAGGAUCCUUUACAAUAUUCACUUUAUUAAAAAUUUCCGAUUUUGUCUAAUAGUCUAAUAGGAAGGCAACUGAAAGAGUAUUCACUGAUAAUAGGGAAAAAAGUGGUUAAGUAAUAAACGUGCGGGUAUAAGAGACCUAAUAUUACCAAAGCAGAUUUGUUGUUCUGUAAUAGUUGCUAGAAAAAUAUUGAAACUCUGUUUAACGAAUUGUUAGAUUCUUUCUCAUUUGAGUUUCCUCGUCUAGUAGCUAUCGUAUACUUUUUACUGGUAAAGAACAUUCAAUAUACACGGUAUUAAUCUGAACUGUCUGUAUGCAGCCAAAAUUUAGUGAGUUAUGUAAAUAGUAAUGGGUUGAUUGCCAAACAAUAUGGUCAGAAAAAUCUCUCAAUAAGCCAGGGUUCUUGAAAAUAAAUUGCAAUAUGAACCGGAGGAAGUUGUCCUUUAUUCUCAGUACCGAAGAAAUUAUUUUCCACCACGAAGCAUUUCACAAGCCCCAACUAAUAAGCUUCUUAAAUUAUUUCAGUGUAUUUGUUAUUUUUCCUCUGUGGGCAAGUGUUUGUAAUAAAAAUGUAUCUUUAUAAUGCGACCAAAACCUGCCGGCACUACAGAUGUUUUCCAAACCUUAAGUUUAGCCAUUUAUCGUUUGACGAAGAUGAAAAGUAAACAAAAAAAGACUCAUUAAGCAAUCAGCGUUAUCUGUCAGCUUUACGCGAGUAACCAAUUCUUGUUGCAAUUGCUCAAAAGCUUCCGAAAAAAAAAAUGAAAGUUCGCAAAGAGACAAUUACACACUUAUUUACUCAUCAAUGCGCAUCACGUUCGAUACACCCGAUAUUUGUUAAGGAUAAAUGUUAAGGAUAUUAACAAAAGAGGAUAUUCAAAAUUAGUAAUUACGGUUUGGGUUGCGAAAAACAAAACAAACUUCUUUAGCAAUGAACCAAGCCGACUUGAGUGGGACGUUUAUUUCUGUUUAAAUGGCUUUAACUUUCAUACAACGUUUCUCAAUUCAGGAAGUCUGAAUGACCCGCCACACAUUUACUGUAUUCCACAAAGCCAUCAGCUGUACACCUAAACACAAUGCGUAAGCGAAGCGAAUAUAAAAGACAGACUGUACAUAAAAGAUGGCUCUCUUCUACUUUACGCACCGGCACCCGAACACAUCUCGAAAAAUGAAGAGUCAACGCGCUUGCAGGCGGCCAUUUUCCUGUGGAUGAAAUCCCAGUUGCAUUGCGUAAAUAAAUGAUUCAUGUACGUAUGGUUAAAGUAUUUAUUUAAAGAUACUUUUCCAUCAUUUUCUUGUCUUUAUUCCUAUUACUAUAGGCAGUAGAAUUAUUGAGAAGGGGAAAUAUAAGGAUGAUCUUUGCGUAAUAGUUUGGAGAUCAAGCAAUUGCUUUGUUGACUCCUGCCGAACAUAGAUAUUUUAUCCGGUUCCUUAGUUGGUUUAGUUGAAGAACCAUACGGGCGUAAUAAAGACUAAUUUUUUCUAUCGUUUUUUGUUCUUUCAAGAAGGCAUUCGAACAAAUGGUCUUGUAUUACCCAAUAUUAUUAUUGCAGAUCAUGGAGUUUAAUCGUCAAACCUCAGAAUGUUUAGGUUUUAAGUGUUGCUUUUCAAUGGGUGUUGUACAUUUCGGUUACCAAAACUGCUUAAUGCCUAAAUAUUACCAAAAGAUUGCACAAACAAUGCACAUUAAGAAUUCUACAUAUCACGUCUCAUAGACAAAAGGUAUUUUCCUUUUUCUUUUCUUCUUUAUCUGAAUGUUAACAAUUGCAAAACUCGUAACAUGCACUGUCAUUGCAUUGUAAAUCGACUGUUUCUGAUUUCCAUUUUGUUCAAGUGCAAAAUUUACUAUGACUAAGUUCCUGGAAACAUUAUAAUUGAUAUAAUAACUUAAUAUUUUUAUUUCUUACAGCAAAGUUCACUGAGGUUGUAGUCCUUUGUUGUCAAUUCUAUACCACAUACUGUUUGCUUUUUUUCCCUGUACUUAACGAAUCAAACGCCAAACAAAAUGACAUAUCCUUUUUUGCUACGAACCAAUACAUUUUUCUUAUAUGCGAGUUUGUGCUGGGUUGCAUGAUGCUUGCUGUUAUCGCGUUUACGGCGUUUCUCUUACACUUGAUGGUCGAUAAAUGCCAAACUGAAAUCAUGUUUUAAACAAUUACUCACCUUUUAUCACAGAAUUACUUUUUAAAACUCAAAUAACAUUAUAUAUCUCAAGUCCUUUUUGAAAUAGACUUUUCUCUUAUAGGCGUAUACGUUUUAUUUCGGAAAAAAAAACUACACAGAGAAAACAGUGUAUCUCAGCCUAGUCCAGACCCCCAAGUUGGGACUAAUUUAUUUACUUUAAAAACUAUCACUGUUAGCUGUUGUUUUGUAAAAUGCAAAAUGUAAAUAUUAGCGAAAGAACACAAGUGCUCUAAAUGUAAUUUCCCACGAUAAUAAUAAAUUUCUCAGUUUUCCUAUAAAAACUUAUAAGACUUUUAGACCGACUUUUUUCUUUCUGUGUUAUAUUAUUUAGCAAAAUUAAGGGAACGGAUAUAUCCCCUCUAUUUCUUAAAUAUCAACGAGCUUUUGGUUGAGUUAAAAACAGCCUUCUAAAAAUUAAAUAUGCACCAAAACAUUAUUUAAAGGAAACGAAAAGAAAUGAUAAAAUAUUGAUAAUAUCGCUUAACUUAAAACAAUUAGGACAAAGGAGUUCUAGGGACUCCAACAUCUGUUUAUCUUUACUACACUUUUGUGUACUCAAUAGCAGUUUUUCUGUUUGCAUUUAGUUUAUUUAUUAAUAAAAAUUACUAUCAUAUAUUAAACUACAGUACAUUUUCAAAAGCACUGAAAUGUAUCAGACUGCUCCAUUCACAUAGAACACCGCAUGAAGUAUUAAUUACUCAUUUAUUCUGUUUUGUUUUAGAACCUAUUUUCUUUCGCAUUUUUAAGUUCACGAAUGUUCAUAUUUUGAGCAGCCUUUAGCUUCCCAAGAACGAUUAUAUUUUCCGAUAGAGAUGUUUUCUUGACGUCAAACAAAGAGUUAACUUAUUUAAAUCUGUAAACCUUUGCUUAAACUGUACACACAAAAAUUUAAAUGCAACCGUUUUCAUAACACAUUUAAUGAUUUUUGAAUAAAAUCACAAAUUAUUCUUGCUGUGUUUAAGUAAAUAUUUGAUAUUUAUUUAAAUGCAUUAAGGACACCUGUAAAUGACGAAAUAAAUUUCUAGCAGCAGCCUGCAAAGCUAAAAGACUUUUAUUUGGAUUACAAUUGAUUGAAACUUUAAAAUUUAUAGUUAUUUUUACGAAUACUCAUUUAGCUUUCAUUGUUAUUGUUAUUUCCUUUUACUGGCACCGUCAUCAGAAUCAGUAUAUACAUGUGUUGCCUCAUUUUAAUUUAAGUAUUUCUUUUGCACCCAGUAUAUUAUAACUCGUUCUUGUCUGUACUCUUGAGUUGUUGCGUUAUAGCGAGAUUUUUAGCCUUAAUUAAGUAAACUCUUCUUGAAAACUAAUUCUCUCUGAGUAAUUCCAGACUCGAAUUUGAUCUAGAACAUACAAUCAUAUCCCUGUCAGUUUUGUUUAGGCUGUCAAAACACUGCCUGGUUCGUAAAUCAAACUGUCACCCUGAUGUUGUGUUAUUCAAACAGUGUAUUAAGAAAACUGAAGGCAAAACGGCAUGUCAGACUGCUAUUGAAGAUUUCAGUUUCAGUUAAAAGGAGGCCCAUGGGGAGAUUUCUUGAACUGAAUGUUAGUUACACAAGAAAAUUCUAAUAUUCAGGUUAUUUAGCAAUAAUUGCAGAUAAUUAAUAACACAGAGCAUUUAGAAAGGUCAUUCUGUUCGGGAAAUUGUACAUUAAUAUUACCGAACCUUCAGUGAUUCUAUGGACACUUGGCUUCAAUGCGUUUGUUCUCAUUUGAACACUGCCGUCCAGAAUAUAGUAUUUUUCCAGAGGGUUUGGUCAUAACAUUACUUGUUUUGUUCAUUAAGACGUUUUUAAUGAACACGAUCACACACAUUCAAUAUGCUGAAGGAAAAAGUUUUCUCAUGGAUUUCAUGACUGUGAAAUUAGUGUCGGUAAAUUUUACUUCACACUUACUGUUUUUUUCAUUAAGAAAAAUUAACGUCCAUUGUACGUCGAGUCGUUGGUAAGUUUAAAAGGAAAUGAACCUCUCGUCUUUUAAACAGCUUAUUAUUCAACCAGUUUUCUCAGUUAUGGACUGUACGAGCUCGUUAAAGUGUUUGCUUACACCUUACAAACCUACAGCAGAGUUGACCAUGAAACGGGCUUCAGAUAAGUUAACGAUGAAGGCCAUCAAAAGAACGAAAAAUACCUACGAAAAACCUUAUGAAAAAGGAAGAGACAAAGCUGAUAGAAAGAGGGGGAAACCGCCGUAUUCUUAUAUUUCCUUGAUAGUUCUGGCCAUUUUGGAGUCGCCUAAUCGACGCCAAACGUUACGCGGCAUUAUCGAGUAUAUCCAAAAACGGUUUGCAUAUUAUGGUGUCAAUUGUCCCGCAAAAGGAUGGAAAAACUCGAUCCGUCACAACCUUUCAUUAAACGACUGUUUUGAGAAGACCUACCGAGAUCCAAACAACCCCAGUAACGGACAUUAUUGGUGUCUUCAUCCUCGCAGCGCGCACAUGUUUGAAGGAGGCAGUUUUAUGAGAAGAAAGAAGCGUUUCAGAAAGGACUCCGAUAGAUUGAAAGAAAGUGUUCCUACACCACAUUGUGACGCACCCAAUACCUUGACUUAUGAUUUCAAUUUGACGCCGUUUCGUGACGUCAGCGUGACGUCAUUUCAAAGCCUCAGUAUGACGUCAUCAGAGAGAAAAGAAGGAAGCAAAUGCAACGUUCUACCUGCUCACCAAGCUGCAUACCAAGCACCACCAUGGUGGAUUCCUGCGGAAAGCCUCAAAGAAGAGGACUUGUCGUUCAAGGAUAGUUUGAGCAACGUGUUGCUUCCCCCAACUUCCAACAACUCCAUCUGCCUCGUUUGCGCUGGGUGUACGUGUUGUUAUUGA